GACAUUUUUGUAGAAGAUAACAUACAGGUUUAUGGUGCCUCUGUGAGCGAAUUAAUCAGUUGAACCAGUCAAAAUGCAGAAUAACGAGGAACCAAAACAAACUAUAUCGGAAUUUUAUGCUGGCAAAAACGUGUUUCUAACUGGCGGCACAGGUUUUAUUGGAAAGGUCGUAAUUGAAAAACUAUUGAGAUCAUGCCCAGACGUACAAGGAAUCUACUGCCUAAUCAGACCAAAGAGGGGAAAGACAAUAGAAGAGCGUAUGAAAACUAUGCUACAGGAUAAGGUUUACGACAGAGUUCGACGUUUAAAUGCCGAUUUUGCUAAAAAAGUCCAUCUAAUUGCUGGCGAUGUUAUAGAAGAAAAUUUAGGAAUUUCGCAAGAUGAUUACGAAUUUUUAGAGAAUAAUAUCCAUAUUGUAUUCCAUUCUGCUGCUACAGUAAGAUUUGAAGAACCUUUGAAAUUAGCUAUUCGGAUGAAUGUCAUCGCAACAAAAAAAAUGAUACAACUCUGUAAAAGGAUGAAGCAUUUAAUUUCUCUUGUACAUGUUUCGACGGCAUACGCUAAUUGCGAUAGAGAGUUUAUCGAGGAAGUAAUCUAUCCAUCGUUGCAUAAGCCUGAAAACAUUAUCGAUAUGGUUCAAUGGAUGGACGAAGAUACCUUGAAUUCGAUUAUGCCGAAAUUAAUUGGACCGAAGCCUAACACGUACACAUAUACUAAACAAUUAGCCGAAUACAUGCUCGUACAAGAAGCUUCAAAUCUGCCCCUAGCUAUUCUUAGACCCUCGAUUGUCACUGCUUCGUGGAAGGAACCUUUUCCGGGAUGGAUUGAUAAUUUAAAUGGUCCUUCCGGUUUAUAUAUUGCUUAUGGAAAAGGUUUAAUGAGAACGAUGAUCAUGGAAACAGAUCUUGUUGCGGAUAUGAUUCCGGUUGAUAUUUCUGUCAACAUGUUAUUAGCAGUUGGUUGGUAUACUGCUGUCCACAACCCCGAAAAGACAAUGUUGUAUCAUUGUACAUCUGGAACAUUGAAUCCUUGUACCUGGGGAGCAAGUUGUAGCCACGUCAAAGAAGUAUUCAAAAAAGUACCAUUAGAAGGAGGAUUUAGGAGACCAAGGUGUUUUUUGACAAAUAAGCCAACUUUAUACGACUAUUGGAUUUUCGUUAGUCAUCACAUUCCAGCGUAUUUAGUAGACGGUGCGUGUAGGCUAAUUGGUAAAAAACCAAGGAUGGUCUCUCUUUACGCUCGAUUACAUAAGGCUAUGAGCACUUUGACUUAUUUUACUACAAGAUCGUGGGAAUGGAGUCACAAUGGACUAGACGCACUAAAGGCUGUGAUGACAGCAGAAGAUUCCCAGAAUUUUUACUUGGACCCAAGAUCCAUCCAUUGGCCUUCCUAUUUCGAAGAUUUUUGUUUGGGCACAAAAAAGUUUAUACUGAAGGAGGAGAUUUCAAAUGUCGAUACUGCUCGCGCACAUAUAAGAAAAUUAAGAAAUAUUCGCUAUUGUUUCAAUACUUUAGCCCUUGUGUUGCUAUGGAGGUUGUUGAUUGCAAAUUCGAAUUUAGCGAGAAGUUCCUGGUUCUUCGUUCUCAAUUUAGCCCUAAAAUUUUUGAGAUUUUUUAGAUUGUCUAGUACAAUGACCUAAAAACUUUAAUUAUAAGUUGAUCUUUUUCAAACGAACAACUUAUAAUUGAAAGAAAAAAUAAGCACUCCUAACCACUAAUGAUAUAGAUAUAUUUAUACAUAUAUACUAAAUAGAAAUAUCUAUAAAUUAAACAAAGUAUAUUUAUAAAUUAUAUCAAAAAUCUACAACAAAUCAUUGUUUCAGGUUGUGUGUUGACGUUCAGUAUUUUUUAUUUAAUUGAUUUUAUUUUCUUUCAAUUCACUCUGUUCACUCUCUGCUAUAUAUGUAUAUAUAUAUAUAUAUAGUGUGUCUGUAACGUCGUCUGUGAUUACCUGAAUUAAUUUUGGUUAAGUUUUCCUUUUUUGUCUUUUAUUAUAAUUUCUCUUAUUUUUUAAAAAAUUCAAAACAAAAAUUGGGAAGACGCCAAUGGUUGUUUUUUUAAUCAAAGUAAUUUAUAGUAUUCGUGCAAAAAGAGACUAUAUUGAAGAUAAAUCUGCUAUUUACAUUCCAAACUUUUAUAACUAGUUCCGAUAUCCUUUUAUAUAUGUACAGAUAUAUAUCAAUAUUCCAUUAUUAAUAAUAAUAUAUACCACUAUAAUUAUUUAGUUUAUAUUUAUCUCUAAUUCAUUGAAAUAAAAGAUUAAAUUACGUAAUUUUUACCUUUAGUUCCUUUAUAAAAGAG